AAAGCUGUGUACGUUCGGUUCUUAAGAACAGUUUUCCUCGCCGAAGAUGAGAAUCCACGUGCAUCCACGAAGAAAAAAUGCGACAUUGGCGACGUUGAUAGCAAUCGUCGUGUCCGUUAACGCUUCUGUAUUAAAGCCAGAAUCAAAAGAAGCGGCUUCCCCGUGUAAAAUUGUUUCGGAUAAACUCGGAGAAGAGAAAAAUCUCGACCAGCAAAAGAUCAAUUAUGACGGAGACCAAGUUUGGAGAGUUUAUAAAAAUAACAAAAUUGUGGAGGAAGUAGUGCGACUUAAAGAUGAAGAAGGAUCGUACCAGAUAUGGUCAAACAACGCAUCGGUAGCUGAUAUUUUUAUAAAAAAUUACAUGCUUCGAGACAUCAAACAUCUGUUUAAAAAUUUAAGUGUCAAAUAUGAUGUCCUACUCAACAAUGUUCAACAAGCAAUUGAUGAGGAGAACCCUUCACUAUCUACGGCGGUGUUAGAAGAUCUUGAAGGACGAAAAGGCCAUCGCAUGGAGUGGACUACGUAUCAUCGUCUGGACGACAUUUACGGUUAUUUAAAUUAUCUUGCGGACACUUAUCCGGAUAUUUGUUCGGUUAGAACGAUCGGCAACUCUAUCGAAGGUCGUCCUUUAAAGCUUCUACGAAUCAGCAAUGGCACACCGGACGCUCCGGCAAUCUGGAUCGACGGCGGUAUACAUGCUCGCGAGUGGAUAUCACCAGCAGCUGUCACGUAUAUUAUUGAUUAUUUGGUCGAAAACAGUGACAAGCUACAAACUGAUUUUUACAUUCUACCGGUGGUGAAUCCGGACGGAUACGAAUACACGUUUGUAACCGAUCGCUUGUGGCGGAAAAAUAGGAGAAAAACAAACAGCGUUACAGGUUGCAUGGGAAUUGACUUGAACAGAAAUUUUGGGUAUCGCUGGGGCGGUAAGGGCACAAGCCAGAUGCCUUGUCGAGAUACGUACUCCGGCACAGGACCGUUUUCCGAGCCGGAAACUGAAGCCAUUCGAAAUUUCUUUGACAUCAGCGCCGCCCAGUUCAAGGCGUAUUUGACAUUUCACUCGUACGGACAAUACAUCCUUUAUCCUUGGGGAUACGAUCAUCGUGUACCUCCCGAUUACAACGAUCUUGAAACGGUCGGUCGCAAAGCAGCGGCGGCCAUGAAAAAAACAGGAGCCGGAAGUGUUUAUACCGUUGGCAAUAGUGCAUCAACAUUGUAUCCAGCAGCCGGUGGGAGCGAUGAUUACGCCAAAGCACUUUUAAAGAUCAAAUAUGCAUAUACUAUCGAACUGAGAGAUACUGGCAAAUAUGGCUUUAUUUUGCCUGCGAGAUACAUCAUCCCAACGGCAAAGGAAGCGUUGGCCGCAGUCGAAGUCGUUACAGAAGCUUGCUGUAUUCCGCCUAAAGCGUAAUCGUGAGUUGAUCAUUGCCGAUUACGUACAUGUACAUGUACUUGACUUAGUUUUAAUACACGAAAGACUCACGAGAGAGUUCUAAUAUCCAGACUGUAAAUUAUAAAGAAAUAUUGUUUCGUGACAGUACAUUCUACGAAUGUAUCUCUCUAAUUGUAGAAAAAUAUACACGUACUUAUGCCCCGCGUGAGGUUUUCAUUUAACUUCAACUCUGACGAUAAUACGUAAUAUUUUUCCAUAAUCAUUUGUUUUACACUAUUAUUGUCACGUGAAUCUAGACUAACUCUCACACCCUAAUAAUACUUAUGACUCUUAAAAAAUUGUUUUGUGUAUAUCAGCAAGUAUUUAAUAAAAAGUAUACAAGUAUUU